CGAAAAGCAAAAAGAAAAAAAGAAAAAAAACAAAAAAAAAAAACCUUGGAUUUCAUUUCUACAGCACUUUCUAAAGGAAAAGAAGAUCAUCAUCAUGCAAAGCUCGAAGUGUUGGCUCUAGUUCGUUCCACGCCGAAAAUGGCGGCCUCUUAUGUCUCCGCGUUUUGCUAGGGUUUUUCCACUCAGUUUUUCUCACGCGACAGAUCGGAUGAAAUUGGGUUGUUUCAGAAUUAAGAGUGUAUGGAGAUCCACGUGAUACCGUAAAUUGAUGAUGCGCUCCUUGUAAUUGGAGAAAGAAAGCAGUUUGAAAGUGCAGAUUUUGAGGCAUUAGUUGAAGGAAAAGCAAAAUGAAGUCAAUAGGAUGUUGGUUCAAUAAGCUUAAAUCAAGAGAUAAGGCCAAGUCUUCAAAGAAAGAAGCUACAAAUAAUGGAAAAGAAGGGUCAAAAGCAGUGACAAGUGAGGAAGCGCCCUCAAAUGUGACCAAGCAGAAGGUUGCAGCUGCAAAGCAGUAUAUAGAAAACCAUUAUAAGGAGCAGAUGAAGAAUCUUCAGGAGAGGAAGGAGCGACGUAAUAUACUAGAGAAGAAAUUAGCUGAUGCUGAAGUCUCUGAGGAAGAGCAAAAUAACCUACUGAAGCAUUUGGAGAAGAAGGAAACAGAAUAUAUGCGCCUCCAGAGGCAUAAAAUGGGUGCGGAUGAUUUUGAGCCAUUGACAAUGAUAGGAAAAGGUGCAUUUGGGGAGGUUAGAGUCUGCAGGGAGAAGAAAACCGGCCACGUAUAUGCCAUGAAGAAGCUUAAGAAAUCAGAGAUGCUUCGAAGGGGCCAGGUUGAACAUGUGAAGGCUGAGAGGAAUUUACUUGCAGAGGUUGAUAGCAAUUGCAUUGUCAAACUUUAUUGUUCCUUCCAAGAUGAAGAGUUUCUUUAUCUUGUAAUGGAAUAUCUACCUGGUGGAGAUAUGAUGACUUUACUGAUGCGAAAGGAUACUUUGACUGAAGAUGAGGCCAGAUUUUAUGUUGGUGAAACCGUCCUUGCUAUCGAGUCCAUCCAUAAGCAUAAUUAUAUUCAUAGAGAUAUCAAGCCCGACAAUUUACUGCUCGAUAGAUAUGGACAUAUGAAAUUGUCAGAUUUUGGAUUAUGUAAACCAUUGGAUUGCAGUAAUCUUCAUGAGAAGGACUUUUCUCUAGGAAACAACCUAAGUGGGGCCCUUCAAAGUGAUGGGCGCCCUGCAGCACCGAGACGCACACAGCAGGAGCAAUUGCAGCAUUGGCAGAGGAACAGGAGAAUGCUUGCCUAUUCUACUGUUGGUACCCCUGACUAUAUUGCUCCAGAAGUGCUGCUUAAGAAAGGAUAUGGGAUGGAGUGUGAUUGGUGGUCUCUUGGUGCUAUCAUGUACGAAAUGCUUGUGGGAUAUCCACCUUUUUAUUCAGAUGAACCUAUGACAACUUGUAGGAAGAUAGUAAACUGGAGAACUCAUCUAAAAUUUCCAGAAGAAGCAAAGUUAUCUCCAGAAGCAAAGGACCUUAUUAGUAAGCUCUUAUGUAAUGUUGACCAGAGGCUUGGAACUAAAGGCGCAGAUGAAAUAAAGGCUCACCCCUGGUUUGAAGGUGUUGACUGGGACAAAUUGUAUCAAAUUGAAGCUGCAUUUAUUCCUGAGGUCAAUGAUGAGUUAGAUACCCAAAACUUUGAGAAGUUUGAAGAGGCUGAUGACCAAAUUCAGACUUCGUCAAAAGCAGGUCCAUGGAGGAAGAUGCUUUCAUCUAAAGACAUCAACUUUGUAGGCUACACGUAUAAAAACUUUGAAAUUGUAAAUGAUCAGCCAGUACCUGGGAUAGCUGAAUUGAAGAAGAAGAGCACCAAAACCAAAAGGCCCUCCAUCAAGUCCCUCUUUGAUGAUGAAUCUGGUGCAGCUGCCAAUGAACCUGUCCAGGGGAGCUUUCUCAACCUCUUACCCCCCAAACUAGAAGUGUCUCAAAAACAUGGUGAUCCCCAUAGACCCCAUUAAUCUUAUCAUUCAAAUCAAAUGGCAUCAGAGAUCCAACCAAACAGGAUGAAACUUGUCCCUGAUGAAUAACUUUUGUUUGCCGGCUUCCUGCAUUUAGUUUUUAUGUUGACACCGGAAGUUUUAGGGCCUAAAAGAAUGCGUGGGUUUUUGGAGGAUUGCAGGUGGCUUUGUAUCAGAUUGGGUGUUGGUCUUUGUAAAGUAUUUUGUGAAAAAAAAUAUAUAGUGUAAUUCGUUCAAUUUUCACUUGUAAUUUUUUUUCUUCUUACAAAACCCGUAGUCAUGGGUUCCCAUGUAAUUAACUCCUUGAGGUUUGGUUAAUUGAUAGGUAUACCAGUUCGUUCUUCUUAGGAAA